AUGAACGAUCCAGUAGAAAUUGUUGAUAUUGGCUUGACUGAUCUUUCGUGGGCGGAAUUUAUAAAGUCUCGUGCUUUAUAUAGCUUCACAAGCUCUAGCAUAACAGAACGUCUUGAAUUUCUGAACCAUUCUUUAAUACCUCGAAUAAAAGCUGGAGGUCUGUCCGAUAAAACACUUGGAAGCUUACUUUACCUAGUGUUCCUUACUUACUCAAGAUAUAAUGACAGACCUUCGCGUUCCGCAAUGAUAAAUGUAUUAAAAGAACUUAAUAAUUGGAAUUCAUACCAAUUCCUAUUGUCAUUUGUUCCAUUGAUUGUCAAGGAAACUAAUAAAUUGAAUCAAAAGAGUCCCGAUGGUACCACUUAUACGACUUCCUCCGUUAACCGGUUUGUUCUUCUCACAUGGACCAAUUUGUUGAUCACAUUUGCUUUGUCGAAAAAUUCAACGCUAGAUUCUUCUUAUUGGAGGGAUUUAGUAGACGUUCAAGCGAUUCUAUUACAUUCGUUAGUAAGCGAAAAUGAGAAACGAAAAAAUAUAAAACGUAGUGCAUUGUUCGAUGUUAGACGAACAAUUCGCAAUAAUGCAUCACACAUUCCCUCAUAUAUUUCUUAUUUGAUAUCUAAUGUGAAAGCAUGCAACCCUGUUUAUAGGAAUGCUGUAUUAUUGGGAACUGUCAUUGACUGCUCCUUGAGACUUAGAAAGGGCAUUGGCAAAUCUUACGUUGAGAAUGGAAAAGUUCGUGAAGACAUAAUACAAUAUUAUAUCACGGCUAUUAUUUCAUCGAAGACCCCAGUGCCAAAGAUAUCAGCGGAUGCAUUACAUGAUUUCAUUAACGUUAUGGUCACUGAAGAAGAUUUUAAGAUCAAAAUUACGCCCGUUUUAGAGAAACAACUUCUUAGAGCGCCAGAAAUCUUAUUAAAUGUUUUAAUAAGUCUUUUUAAAUCUGUAUCCUUCGAUGUGUCAAAUGUUUUUAAGAUGCAAUCACUAUUCAAUCAUGUACAAUCUACCAACAAAACAAUACAAACGGAUGCUGCAGAAUUGUUGAUUAUCUUAAUUGAAAAAAGUUCGAGAGAAGAAGUUCUUAUAAAUAAUGUUAAGGACAUUUUGCAGGCAUUAACAGGUGGAAAGGUGACUACCCCAGAGCAUCGUGUUAUUUUGUUACAAGCUCUUUCUCAUGUUCGCCAAUCACCCGAUGUUGUUAAAACUGUAAUUGAUGGACUUUUGCCUAUUGUUUCUAAAGAAAAUAAUGAAUCUUCUUUAUCUAAAGCGAUUGAAAUAUUGGGAUUACAUGCUGGAAUUUUACUGAGUUCUGAACAUGAGAAGUCAUUUCUGGAAAAAAUCGUGAAGUCCGCAGUAGAUGGAUUGUCUAGUUCAAAAGUUGGUACUAGGAAAGCCUGGGCGAUCGCUAUUGGUAGAAUGGUUUGGGAAGUAACUGAAUCUCCCACGAAUUCGAUGAAAAAAUUUGUGUACAAGUCUCUUACACAACUUAUACCAACGAUGGGGAAAAUUCAAUCGAACCCUCUUACUUUCACUGGAGGACCAAUUGAAGGAUAUGUUACUAUUGCAAUUGCAAUUGGCAAGGCCAAAAAUUGGAACGAUGAUAUAAUUGAUGAUUUAAUAAACGCAAAAAAAUUUACUCAAAACAUUUUAAUAACGUCACCGAAACCUUCUUUUUUACUUUGGGACAAAAUUUACUCCAAAUUAAAUACUUAUGAAGAAGGAUUUUGGUUGAUCCGUGCACUUGAAGGAGUUUUACUUGAUAGGGAUGAAGCCUUGUUACAAAAUAAUGAUGCACAAAUAUUCUUAUCUACGGCCUUUAUUUAUUUGAUAACAUCAUCUAAUCACCGAAUACGUCGUGAAGCGUAUAAUUCUCUAAAAAGGUGUACUCAAAAUAAUGCUGAAACUGUUGGAAUGAUUUUUCGUAAAGGAUUGUCACAAUGGGUACUCAAUCUUGAGAAAAAUGUUAAAGAUUCUACGGCAGUACUGUUGUCAGGAUCUGCUCAUUCUGAUCCUAUAGUAAAUGCGUACCGACUUUCACAAGUGCUUACGGCUAUUGCCACUUUCUCUAAAGAAGAGGAUAAUUACAAAAUUGAAUCUUCACUUGUCGAGUUGAUUAUUUUAGCACAUCAUCCAUCAAUUGUAUCACCUAAUAACAAAUACAAUUGGAUUUCAUUGAUUCAAAGAGCUCAUGUUGAUCCUGGAAAACUUGUUGAAAAUUAUUCAGGUCGUCUUCGACAAAUAGUUCAAGAAAAUAUUGAGAUUGAUCAUGAGCAAAAACAUUUUUAUAAAGCUGCUAUGUCAGCUAUUGCUACUAUUACUUUUAUUUCUCCAGAAACAAUAAUACCUUUAUUCUUAACACAAUGUCACAGAGAUUUGGAUGCCUCAUUGUUUGAUAAUAUAGGAGAAAAUGAUGUUGACAUUUGGAAAACUUCAGAAGGAACUUUAUUUAUUGAUGUUCUCAAACGUAAUAAGAAGAAUAUUGUUGAAAAUCGUAAUCGAAAAGAUUAUCAAACAGAAAAAUGGGAACGUGAGUUACGUGAAUCAAUUGCCAAAAAGAAAGGUGACUCUUCAAAUACUCCUAAACUUACAAAGGAGGAACAGUCCGCAGUAGACGCCCAAUUAACAAAAGAAUCCGAAAUACGUAAAAAUAUGGAAAUACUUUGUUUGAAAUUAACAAGAGGUCUCGAUAUUGUGGAUGCAUUAGUCGAGGGAAAUUCUGAAGCUGUAGAAAAACAUAUUGUAGAAAUUAUGAGAAUUUUAAUCAAUGUUGUACAAAAAGGAGGUCCUUUGAUUGGUGAUAAAGGUGUCAACACAUAUUUACGAAUUAAUAAGUGCACAUCAGAAAAAAUUGAGAAUAUUCGUGAUUUUAUCGGUUUAGCAACUCUUCGUACUAUGAGUGUUAAGGAAGUUCCUGAAAGAUGGCUUCAUGAGCCAUUGGACAAUCUUGUUACUCGUGUUCUUUAUCGUCUUAGAUUUAUAACUGAACGUUCAUUACUACCCCCUUCAUCUUUUUCUUAUUGCUUUCCACUAAUUCACCAAGUUGUUAAAAAAGGUGGCAUUAAAAAUGAUGAUGAUGAAGAGAAGGAUGUGAUGGAUCAAAUUGCUCUCGGAUUAGAUGUUAUAUAUUUCCAUUCGUCGAUUGGGUUUUCACCUUUACUACCUCGAACAGAAAUGAUUCUGAUUCUUCUGCAAAUUAUUAAAGAGUAUCCUAAAUUGAAUAAAUUAGCAAGAACAGCUUUAGUAAGUUUGUGUGAAGCCAUUGGUGACACUGCAGGGAGGAAAGAAUUUGAUGCAUUACUUAAUGGAUUAUUAUCCUCUGAACCAUUCGUUCGUCACGCUUCUUUACAAGCAUUGGAUUAUUUGGAUCUUACUGAGAUUGACUUUUCUUGUGAACUAUGGGUUGCAUGUCAUGAUGAAGAUGAGAAUAAUGCCAAGCUGGCAUCAGUAUUAUGGGAAGACAACGGAAUGGAUGUUGAACCAUGUUAUGCAUUGGAAUUAAUACCUUUAAUAACUCACGAUGAAAAAUAUGUUCGAGUCGCUGCUUCCAAAGCGAUAGGUAAUGCUGCCAAGUACUUUCGAGAUUCAAUGACAGAUACGUUAAAUUUAAUUUACGAUCAAUAUAAAGAGAAGGCCACCCCAAUCAAGCCAGAAUAUGACGAUUUUCGUAUGUUAAGACCAGAAUCUUUAGAGAAAAAUAAAGAUCCUUGGGAAGCUCGGGUUGGAUUGGCGCUUGCUCUUAGUGAACUCGCGCCAUGUAUGAGAUCUUCGGAUUUAAUUCCGUUCUUUGAAUUCCUUAUCAACGAUGAAGCUGUUGGUGAUAUCCAUGCACAAGUUCGACAAAAAAUGUUAGAAGCUGGGUUAGCCGUAAUUAAUGAACAUGGAGCCAAAAAUGUUACAUUAUUAUUACCAGUGUUAGAAAAUUAUUUAGAUAAGCCGGCUGUACCUACUGAAACACAUGAUCGAAUACGCGAAUCUGUUGUUAUCUGGCUUGGAGCUUUAGCUCGGCAUUUAAAUCCUACAGAUGCAAUGAUUCCAAUUGUAAUAGAUAAACUAUUAGAUACGUUAAAAACUCCUUCAGAAUCUGUCCAAGCAGCAGUUGGUGAUUGUUUACCACCAUUAAUUAAAUUAAUGAAAGAUAAUACUCCAAGUUUAAUCGAGGGACUACUUAAUCAGUUAUUCCGUGCUGAAAAAUAUGCGGAACGAAGAGGUGCUGCAUUUGGUUUAGCUGGCGUUGUUAAAGGCACGGGUAUUUCAGCUUUAAAAGAUUGUAACGUUAUGACAUCAUUAAAAGGGGCAGUUGACAACAAAAAGGAUUAUAAAUAUCGACAAGGAGCUCUUUUUGCUUUUGAAACAUUGUCACAAUCUUUGGGUCGUCUUUUUGAACCUUAUAUUAUUCAGAUACUUCCUUUGCUUUUAGUUUGUUUUGGAGACACGCAUCCUGACGUUCGAGAAGCAACUUCAGAUGCUGCAAGAGUAAUAAUGAGUAAAAUUAGUGGACAUUGUGUCAAACUUAUUCUUCCUUCAUUAUUAGCAGGAUUAGAUGAUAGACAAUGGCGAACAAAGAAGGGUUCAGUUGAAUUAUUGGGUUCAAUGGCUUUUUGCGCUCCUAAACAACUUUCCAUUUCUCUUCCAACAAUUGUUCCACGGUUAACGAAUGUACUUACAGAUUCGCAUACUAACGUUCAGUCUGCUGCUAAUGAAGCAUUAUUACGUUUCGGUGAAGUUAUUAGUAAUCCUGAAAUUCAAGCUUUAGUACCAAUCUUACUUAAAGGCCUGAGUGAUCCUGAUAAGCAUACUAAUGCUGCGUUAGAUUCAUUAUUAGAAACUGCUUUUGUACAUUAUAUUGAUGCUCCUUCACUAGCAUUGGUAAUGCCAAUUCUUGAACGUGGAUUAAAAGAACGAGGAACAGAGAUCAAAAAAAAGUCUUCCCAGAUUGUUGGUAAUAUGGCAUCUCUUACUGAUGUCAGAGAUAUUAUCCCAUAUUUGCCCAGACUUUUACCUGGUCUCAAAGAAGUAUUAGUCGAUCCAGUACCGGAUGCUCGCGCUACAGCAGCAAAAGCACUUGGUACUAUGGUUGAAAAACUUGGCGAGGACAAAUUUCCUAACCUUGUCAAUGAACUUGUACACACGCUUAAAUCUGAUACAAGUGGUGUUGAUCGACAAGGUGCUGCUCAAGGUCUUAGUGAAGUAUUAGCGGGAUUAGGUCUUGAACGACUUGAUGGACUUUUACCAGAAAUAAUUAAUAACACUAGUAGCCCAAAAUCCUAUGUCCGAGAAGGAUUUAUCUCAUUGCUCAUUUACCUUCCCGCAACUUUUGGCCUUCGGUUCCAACCCUAUCUUGGACGAAUUAUCCCACCAAUUUUAUCUGGUCUUGCGGAUGAAUCCGAAUAUGUACGGGAUGCUUCACUUCGAGCAGGUCAAAUGAUCGUAGCAAAUUAUGCAACAAAAGCUGUGGACCUCUUACUUCCUGAGUUAGAAAGAGGAUUAUUUGAUGAUAAUUGGAGGAUUAGGCAAAGUUCUGUACAACUUAUGGGAGAUUUACUUUAUAGAAUUACAGGUAUUAGUGGUAAAACUGAUAUUGAUGGAGAAGAAGAAGAAGAAACAGGUGGUACAGAGGCAAAUAGAAAGGCUUUACUUCAAAUUCUUGGUAAAGAAAGACGUGAUCGUCUACUGGCUGCUUUAUACAUCGUAAGACAAGAUGUUUCUGGUAUUGUUCGACAAGCAUCAGUUCACGUAUGGAAAGCUAUUGUAUCUAACACUCCUCGUACCGUCAAAGAUAUACUUCCAAUAAUGAUGGGAAUGAUCAUCCGUAGCCUUGCAAGUCCUAGCUAUGAGAGGCGUCAAGUGGCUGGUCGAACACUGGGAGAGCUUGUUCGUAAAUUAGGUGAAAGUGUUUUAUCAGAAAUUAUACCAAUUCUUGAAGAAGGUUUAGAAUCUCAAGAAGCAGACAUGAGACAGGGCGUCUGCAUUGGUCUAAGCGAAGUAAUGAGUACGGCAGGGAAAUUUCAAGUUAUCGAUUAUGUUGAUUCAAUUAUUCCUGCUGUUAGAAAAGCCUUGGUUGAUGAAUCGAGUGACGUGCGUGAGGCAGCUGCUCAAGCUUUUGAUACUCUUCAGCAGAAUGUAGGGGACAAGGCGAUAGAUGAAAUUCUACCAAAAUUGCUUAAUUCUUUACAAUCUGGAGAUGAAUCUAUAUAUGCUUUAGAAGCUCUUAAAGAAAUUAUGGCCGUACGUGCUAAUGUUGUUUUUCCUGUGCUCAUACCUACUCUUAUACAAAUACCAAUUAACGCAUUUAAUGCUCGAGCUCUUGCGUCAUUGGUAACAGUAGCUGGACCUGCUCUUAACAAACGUUUAGCACAAAUAUUAAGCGCACUUAUGAUAUCUUUGGGUACAGAAACUGAUGAACAUACCAUAUCAGAGUUGAAUGAAACAAAGAAGGCACUGUUACUUUCUAUUGAUAGUGUUGAAGGUCUCCAGACUUUAAUGUCAGUACUUUUUGAAGCGGUAAAAAAUGACGAUCCUUCUUGCCGAGCUGGUGCUUGUGAUAUGCUUACAACUUUUUGUAAUGAAAGUAAAAUGGACUAUUCAAGAUAUAUGACUGAGUGGAUACGUGUACUGAUUUUACUUUUAGAUGAUCGACAGGAAACUGUGGUAAAAGCAGCUUGGAAUGCUUUAUCAGCUAUAAUAAAACCUUUAAAGAAAGACGAAUUAGAACAAUUAGUUAUACCUGUCCGUCGUGCUGUUAAAGGUGUUGGUGUACCUGAUGUGGACCUACCAGGCUUUUGUUUACCAAAGGGGAUUAGCCCUAUUCUUCCAAUAUUUUUGCAAGGUUUAAUGUAUGGUACUGCCGAAAUUCGGGAACAAUCUGCUUUGGGUAUCGGAGAUCUUAUCCAAAAAACUUCGGCUGAAGCACUUCGGCCGUUCGUUACACAAAUCACAGGUCCUCUUAUUCGUAUAAUUGGGGAUCGUUAUCCUCCUCAAGUGAAAGCCGCCAUACUCUACACUUUAAGUCUUUUACUUACUAAAGUUCCUGCUCAUCUUAAACCAUUUAUUCCUCAAUUGCAACGUACUUUCAUUAAAUCUCUUUCUGAUCCUUCAAGUGCUCUUGUCCGUUCAAGAGCGGCAUCAGCUCUUGGUAUUCUAAUCUCAUUGCAAACUAGAGUAGACCCUCUGAUAAUUGAGUUGGUUACUGGCAUCAAAACUAGUGAACCUAAUGUUCGAGAGACAAUGUUAACUGCUUUAGAAAGUGUAGUAAAAAAAGCUGGAUCAGGAAUGAAUGAUACUUCAAAGAAAAGUGUUAUUAAAGUUAUUGUGGAUGGGUUAAGUGAUAAUUCAGAUGGAAUGGUAGUUGGCUCAUCUCGUUUGUUUGGAAGCUUAUGUAAACAUAUAUCUCUACAAGAGGCUAUGCCUAUCAUCUCGACUCACAUUUUAGCUGGAGGUUCCCCAUCUCAAAGUUCUCUAUUGGCAAUCAAUGCAAUACUUGCAGAAUCUUCAAGAAUGUUCUAUGACUUAGAAAAUACACGUGAAGUUGUAGAUAUUAUCGUAAAAGGAUCGGCGAAUAAUCUGCCUAAUAUUGCUGAUACAGCAAUAAUAGCAGCUGGUAAAAUGUUGCUUAUUGAUUUAUAUCACGGAGAAUCCGCGGUUGCUUGCCUUGUUGAAGCACUAGUAGCCAAUAUUUGUGAACCUGCAACACUAUUAGGGGAGACAAAGCGUUUGGCAUUAACUGUCUUCUGUGCAGUUGGAAAAAAAUUUCCACAGAUCCUCGAGCCCCAUUUAUCCAUAAUCAUACCGCCCAUGAUGGUAUGUGUACGUGACCGAGUUGUCCCAGUAAAAUUGGCAGCUGAAUUAGCAUUAGUAUAUGUAUUACAACUAUUAAAAGGCGAAACUAUAUUACAGCAAUAUUUAUCAACAGUUGAUGCAACGACAGCAAAAUCAAUUACAGAUUUUCAUAAACGCGUCUUAACAAAAUUAGUGGUACAAGAACAACAAAAGAUGGAACAAAUUCAAGUAGGAGAUACAAAUGAAAUGGAUGAAGAAGAACAGGAAAUAUGGGCAGUUGGCAAUAUUGGUACUUUUGCUUCGAAUGUAGAUCAAGAAUAG